AUGCGAGGUCCGAUAGACCGCUUCAUACUGCUCAUUGUCAAUUUCCUGUUUCCUCCCGCGGCUGUGUAUGGCCUCUGUGGCCUGGGACUGGACCUCGCACUCAACUGCGUCUUCUUCGUCCUGGCCAUCAUCCCCUCUCACAUUCAUGGCUUCUACAUUACUUGCACCUACUUCCACCGGCGGAGAAAGGUCAAGAAAGGCAAAUAUCCCGGCGGAGAGAAGAUGAUGAUCUUCUCCGACCAUGUAACCAACGGCGGCGCAAGCAACGAAGAAGUCGGGAAUAUCAGGAGGAAAGAGCAAGGCCUACCUCCACGUAGCAGGAGCAGGAAUGGUGGUAGUCGAAGGCACAGCAGAGAAGGAAGGGGCGAGGAGAUGGUCCAGAGACGAGAGAGCGACCUACAUCGAAGAGGCACAAAUUCCAGCAGGAGGUCGAACGGGGCAUCUCCAAGACGGCACGAUCCUGAAUAUGCUGAGCAUGUUGCAAGAGAUGGAUAUGGGCCUUAUACUCAACAGCUGAGUCCAUCGCGGUCAAGGCCUCAGCGUAGGCUGGAAUACACGCUCAACAGUCCUGCUGGGUCGCAACUGUCGGCUCGAUCUGAACGACGGAGGGAGCUCGUAUAA